UACCUUGCAGGGGACUGAGCUUGUGAUCUUCAUGAACAGCAAGUAAAGAUCGCUAUGGAAACAUGUCGUCCACAUGGGAGAACUGGAAGCACCACAGGCACAAAUGUAAAGAAGGAGUCAAGUGAUUUCCAUGGUAACACCAUCAGCAAUGGCAGAUACCGUAUUGGUAGUAGUGCAGAUGAGGAACAGAGAACUGGGGAAACACUUGAGGAAUACCUUGAGAGGGAGGAAACAUUGAAUGGUAAUAACUGUCACAGUAGCUCCAGGUCUACAUUCCGUAGUGGUUCAGAAAUGACCAGUGAUUCUGAUUUCAUUGAAGAGAGACGCAACUCUGCUCAGUCCGAUACCGAUGUCUUCUUUCCUUCCAUGGAGCCGGAAAUCGAUGAACAGAAACGCAUCCUAGACCAAAAGAGACGGGAGCUGCCACCCAGCCACCGUUCAUGGAAACGCGUUGCAGAUUACGUCAACGCUCUCCCAAUCAUUCCAGAGCCACCGAUACAAGGAGAGGUUCAGAACAAGAACAUCGGUCAGGCAAAAAGGCAACGGAUCUGGUCUGAGGUUUAUGACAGACGGAGAGAUUUCACUCAGUCUGGGAGUCUUAGCUUUGCAGAGGGGAUGACAUCACAGAAACGUGUCCCAAGUACUUCAAGUUCCAAUUUGUCCAUGCUGUCCAGCCUCUCCAGUCUUUCUGGAAGCUUUGCAUGGUUUGAAUCAGGGGACGAUGCUGACAAGACAUUGUUGCCACUACCAGAAAAACAGUCCUCACACCCCUUGACACAGCAACGACAACACUCCACACAACCAACAUCUCCUGCAGAACAGAAUCAAAAAGCAAUGUCAAUGAAAUAUGGCUGGAAUGAGAAUAACAGGACUCUGCAUGCAGUUAAACUUCCACUUAAACCAAAGGGUAAGGAGGAACUCUUGAAGAGAUUGAUUUAAUGCAAUUCUUUCCUUUCAUUUCAGUUAUUUUUAUUAUUAUCUCACUGCGAGCUGUGAAGUGGGUUGUGGUUACACAAUAAAUAAUUUCAUCUUAAUAUCACCCAUCUUUUCAGUCAUGGCAAUUACAUUCGCUGUUGAAAUAUAUUUUUCAUGCAAAGCCAAUAAUAGUGGAUGCAUUAACACCAAACAGGAAGACAAAGAUAUAUUUAUUUAUCUAUCUAUUCACGUUUCUUUAAAAGACAGGGUUGUCCCAUUCAAGCCAAAUGGCCUGCUUUACAAGGGAGCCCUGUCAAAAUGUACAUACAUGAUAAACAUAACAAAUACAGAAAUAAAAACAGUGAAUGAAAAAAAAUAAAGACAACGCUCUUCAUAGAAAAAAAAAAUCAUAAAUUAAAUGAGUAUAUAACAAGGAAAAUAAUAUGUAAACACAAAGACAAAGCAUGAUGAGAAAAAAUCAUAACAAGCAAUGAAAAAAAAAGAACAUGAUAAGACAGUGGUCAUUAUGGUUUAAUUUGUUCAAUGGAUCUGGUGUUGCCUAAAGGCGUCUUUUGAAGAUUUGGAGGGAAGGGGAUGUUUGAAUAUGAAGUGGUACAUGUAGGGAGUUGAAAAGUUUGGUUUAUCUAUGACCAAUUGACCAAAAUAUGAUAUUUUUUUCAAUAAAGAAAAAGUGGCAUGCCAGGUUUUCCUAAAAACCAUCUUACCGAAUAAAAAACACUUGUAACCCUUCUUCUUUGCCAUCUGUAUGCCUUUACAUAUUAUUCUAAUCCCAAUUGAGCUUCUGAAAUAAGAUAUCACUUUUCCACUGUUCAAAGUACAUACAUUACACUCGGAACAUAAUUAUAAAUUGUUUUGGAAUAAUUUUAUUCAGAACACAAACACUUGAAAAUGAUAUUCAGUAUUAUUUUAUAGAAAAAUUGUUCUGCAGUGAUAUUAAUUUUUCAAUGCUCUAUAAACUAGUAAGUCUUUGUGGGCGUAGCUGUAUCGGUCAUGUUAUCUGCAGUCCCUGCAAUAAGAAUCACAAGUUUUCUGCAAAGUAACACAAAUUAUUCAAAUUAAUCACCUUUUCCAAACUAUGUAAAUGGUAAUUUUGGGGGCAUUGUGGUGUAGUGGUUACGACUCUGGUCUUUCGAUCAGAGGGACGUGGGUUCGAUUCCCAGCCAUUGCAUGUUUUCCUUCAGCAAGAAAUUUACCCACAUUGUGCUGCUCUCAACCGAAGUGAGGUGAAUGGGCACCCGGUAGGAUUUAUUCCUUGAACGCUUUAGUGCCUAUACGGUGGCUCAUCUCCAGCCGGGUAAUAAUAUGAUACCAAGUAUGAAGCGCAGUGGAGUGUAAUGCAAUUAUAGUAGCUGCGCUAUACAAAUUAUUAUUAAUUUAGGUAUUCAGUGCCAGGUCUACUAGCUGUCCUUGACAUUACAGCAAUGGGGUGCAAAAGUCAAGGUUAAGAAACACCACCUUCAUAUUAAAAUUAAAUAAACUUGUUGUCAAUGUAUGCAUCAAUAUGUUAUCUGUUCUAAAUUAGUAAAUGCCCUCUUGUGUUGGAAUGCACAAUCAUUUGGCAAAAACACGUUUAGUACUUGAUCAUCUACAGAGUUUGAACAUAUGUGAGCACCCUCUGUUGUGAACAUCAGUAUAGGAGAAGCAAGCAACAUUUGACACAUUUUCCAAUAUGAUUAUUGCAUGGCAUGUCUAAUAAAAAAAAUCCUCCUUUUUAAAGGGGAAGUUCACAUUGACAAAAACAUUCUCAAAAUACAAGAAAAAAAAUAUCGGUUAAGGUUUUAGGAAAAUCCAUCAAACAUUAAGAAAGUUAUUAGAAUUUCAAGUUUUUGAUUUGUGACAUCUUGAAAAAUCAGGUGCCCCAUGUGAUAUAAAUAUAAAAUGCAUUAAUUUCUAUUUUUUAACGGUCCUUAAUGACUGAAUUAAUUUUUUCUUGCAGUAGCUGAUGUGAAAUGAUUUUUCUGUUGAUAUACUGAAGGUACAAUAAAAAACAUUUGCAUUUUUUAAGAAAAUGACAUUUCAAUUUUCAUUGAUUUUUUUUUAAAUUUAUGAUACAUACAUGUAGAAAGCUGCAUGCAUAUGACAUCACAUAUCAAAAAAAAAAUACUUCUAAUAACUUAAUCUUUGAUGGAUUUUCCUCAAUCCUUUAAUAUUUUUAUUAUUUUUUCUUCUUUUUAUACAAUAAACUACUUGUCAGGGUGAACUUCUCCUUAAACAUAUACAUGUAUCAUGAUGUAUGUCAAAAUGUUGUUAAUGUCUCAAACAAUUAGUAUUGUCUAUAGACCCUUCAUUAUUAGAAAAUUACUUUUGUUUAACUGUUUUCUCAAAAUUUAAAAGUCACCACCUACAUGUACCAACUACUGCAAGGAUUGCAAAUACAAAUCUGACUGGGAGUACAGUUGUAUUAUU